UUCACGCCCUCCAAUUUGUAGCCAUGGAGAAAAUGUUUGAUUGCAUUUUUGCAUAUGCAUUCCUAAUUAGCAUAACCUUCCAAAUGCUUUCUUCUGAAUCCAAACAACCUAUGAGCCUUGCAACUGAUCAAACUUCCCUUCUUUCACUCAAACAACACAUCACCUCCGACCCUUCUCUUUUACUUUCAACUAAUUGGACCAAUUCGAGCUCCGUCUGCAGCUGGAUUGGCGUCACUUGCAGCUUGCGCCACCAACGAGUAGCUGCCUUGAAUCUCUCCAACAUGGCUCUCUCCGGCACCAUUCCACCACAGCUCGGACACCUCUCCUUCCUCGUCUCCCUCGACCUCACCAACAACCUUUUCCAUGGAGAUUUGCCUCAUGAGCUGUCUCUCCUUCGCCGUUUGAAGUUCAUAUCUCUCCGAAUCAACAACUUCGCCGGAGAAUUCCCUCCGAUGUUUGGUCAGUUACCAAAACUAGAAUACUUGAAUUUACGCAACAACAGCUUCAUAGGUUCCAUCCCAAAAUCUCUCUCAAACCUAACAAACCUACAAUUUCUAAGUUUAUCUUCCAAUUCUCUAAGUGGAGAAAUUCCAAAAGAGUUGGGAAGACUUCAAACUCUACAAACUCUGUUUGUUGAAUUCAAUCAUUUAUCGGGUGCAAUACCAUCAGCCAUAUUCAACAUAUCGAGCUUGGUGACUAUAGCUUUGACAGGCAAUGAAUUGAGUGGAAGUCUUCCAACAGACAUGUGCAGUAAUCUUCCAUUUCUUACUCGGAUUUAUCUUUCUGAUAAUCAGCUGAGUGGUGCGAUUCCCACAAAUCUAUCCCAAUGUUCACGGCUUGAGAUUUUGAGCUUCUCUUACAACUCUUUUAGUGGGCAGAUACCUUCAGAAAUCGGCUACUUAACAUCUCUUGAGAAGUUAUAUCUCGGUGCUAACAAUUUGAACGGAAUACUACCACAUGAGAUUGGCAAUCUUCAUAGUCUGGUUGAGUUUGCUGCUGAGCACAAUGAGAUUGGGGGCUCAAUUGAUUUCAGUAUUUUCAUGAAUAUGUCUUCUUUGCAAAACAUAAAUAUGGGGUACAACAAAUUCACAGGGAACCUUUCAAGGGAUGUUGGGAAUAUUACCAUGCUAACAAAUUUGCAUCUCUCGGAAAACCAUUUUAUUAUAGGUACGACAGAGUAAUUUUCAUGUUAUACGAGCAAGAAUUUUUUAGUAAAACACCACUACACAAAUAAUCCGUACCAGUUUGGACCAAAAUAGCUAGCAAUUAAUGUAAUUAAGUCAAAACAAUGAAUCUAUAUCUAUUAUAAGAAAAUCUUGUUUUACAACAUUUGGUUUACCUAUUAUGUUCCUAUUUUUAAAUCUAUUUUAAGGACAAUAAUGUAAUCUCAUGUUUUGCAGGG